AUGGGAGGAUUUACGCAUCAUAUUAUUGCAAAGCGUUUAGCCGCCUCUGGACGCCACAACGCGCUCGAGCUGGCGCAGCUCUGCCCCAACCUUCCAGCCUUCCCAUCGCCCAGCGCUUCUUCAAUGAUGCAUCUUUGUUACUUCCUCACUCUUCUUGCAGAUCCACAGCAUUAUUUACGCCUCUUCUAUCUUCACUUGCCAUACACACUUACACAUUUGGGCCUUUCAGCUUUCGCAGAUAGGCGCCGUAUCAAAGCAGAUGACCACCACCGUGGUCCUCUAUCAUCCGGACAGCCCCCGUCGCUAUAUCCAGAUGAUACUGGUGAUUUGGGAGCGAUGCUCAAGCUUCUCAACCCGAUUCAGCAAGUUUAA